AUGGGGACCGACAAGACAGAAGAGAAAGAAUUUCACAAGAAAGUUGAUGCAAAUGGAACAUCAAGCAACAGUACAAAGGAUGAUGAGAAGAGUAAAAAAAAGAAGAAGGAAAAGGAGCCAAAGCCAGAGAUGGUUGGCCCCAUUGCUCUGUUCAGGUUUGCAAAAAGCUCAGACAUCCUCCUGAUUGUGGUGGCUACUUUGGGGGCGAUGGUCAGCGGAGUGCUCCUUCCACUUAUGUGUGUCGUUUUUGGAGACAUGACGGACAGCUUUGUAGAUUUCUCCAAAGUCCCACCAAAUAUUAGUUACAUCAAUAUCACGAUUAACAACACGUUACAAGAAGAUAUGACUCGCUAUGCCAUUUACUACUCCAUCAUGGGAGCAGUGAUGAUGGUGGCCGGUUACUUAAACAUUGCUCUCUGGACCAUAUCGGCUGGUCGACAGGUGAAGCGCAUCCGAAAGCUCUUCUUCCACUCCAUCAUGCAGCAGGAGAUCGGCUGGUUUGACGUGAAUGAGACGGGAGAGCUUAAUACACGUUUAACUGAUGAUGUGUAUAAAAUCCAGGAGGGCAUCGGAGACAAAGUAGGCCUUUUGCUUCAGGCAUUCACCACUUUUGUAUCGUCCUUCGUCAUUGGCUUCAUCAAAGGCUGGAAAAUGACUCUGGUGAUUCUGGCUGUCAGUCCUGUGCUGGGGAUCGCUGCAGGGCUGUUCAGUAAAGUGCUGGCAACGUUUACCACCAAAGAGCAGAGCGCUUACGCCAAAGCUGGAGCCGUGGCAGAAGAAGUGCUUUCGGCCAUAAGAACCGUGUUUGCCUUCAAUGGACAAGAGAAAGAGAUAAAUCGAUACAAGGUGAAUCUGGAGGAUGCCAAAAACGUGGGGAUCAAAAAGGCCAUUUCUGCAAACAUCGCCAUGGGCUUCACUUUCCUGAUGAUCUAUCUGUCAUACGCGCUGGCCUUCUGGUAUGGCAGCACACUGGUGCUCAGCGGGGAGUACACCAUCGGAAGUGUCCUCACGGUGUUCUUUGUGGUUCUGAUUGGAGCCUUCUCCAUUGGACAGACGUCUCCGAACAUCACAGCCUUUGCUUCUGCUCGAGGAGCGGCACAUAAAGUCUACAGUAUCAUAGACAGAGCCCCUUCCAUCAACAGUUUUUCAGAAGAAGGUUACAAACCAGACUGCAUCAAAGGCAAUAUAGAGUUUAAGGAUAUACACUUCAGCUACCCUUCGAGGCCCGACGUGAAAGUUCUGAAUCACAUGUCCCUGAGUGUGAAAAAAGGACAGACUAUUGCUUUAGUGGGUAGCAGCGGCUGUGGAAAAAGCACAACGAUCCAACUGCUGCAGAGGUUUUAUGAUCCAGUGGAGGGUUGUAUCUCUGUUGAUGAUCAUGACAUUCGCUCCCUGAACAUUCGUUAUCUGAGAGAGAUGAUCGGCGUUGUGAGUCAAGAACCCAUUCUCUUCGCUACAACUAUCACUGAAAACAUCCGAUACGGGCGCAUCGAGGUCACCCAGCAGGAGAUCGAACAGGCCGCCAAAGAGGCCAACGCCUAUGACUUCAUCAUGAACCUGCCUGAUAAAUUUGAGACUCUGGUGGGGGACAGAGGAACGCAGAUGAGCGGCGGACAGAAGCAGAGGAUUGCCAUCGCCAGAGCUCUCGUUCGAAACCCCAAGAUCCUGCUGCUGGACGAAGCCACAUCUGCCCUGGAUGCUGAGAGCGAGACUAUUGUUCAAGCUGCUUUAGACAAGGUCAGACAGGGUCGCACAACCAUUGUCGUGGCCCACCGCCUCUCCACAAUCCGAAACGCAGACCUCAUCGCCGGCUUUCAAAACGGUGAAAUUGUGGAACUUGGGACUCAUAGCAAACUGAUGGAAAUCAAAGGAGUUUAUCACACGCUUGUCACAAUGCAGAGCUUUCGAAAUGUUGAGGAAUGUGAUGAGCAGUUGUCAGAAGAGGAAGAGGAAAGACCUUCAACACCAACUGUGCGUCGCAGAAAAUCCACCAGAGGUUCUUCUUUCGCAGGAGACAAGGUUGAAAAAGAGACACAAGACAAGGACAAGACAGAGGAGGAGGAAGAUGAUGCUCCUCCAGUUUCAUUUUUCCAAGUGAUGCGUCUUAACGCCAGUGAACUCCCUUACAUUGUGGUGGGUGUGAUUUGUGCCAUAAUAAACGGAGCCAUGCAGCCGCUGUUUGCAAUCCUCUUCUCCAAAAUCAUCACUGUUUUUGCAGAAACAGAUAAAGAAAUUGUCAGAGAAAGAUCUACAUUCUUCAGCCUCAUGUUUGCUGUUAUUGGAGGAGUGUCUUUUGUCACUAUGUUUCUACAGGGUUUCUGUUUUGGUAAAUCAGGAGAACUUCUGACACUGAAACUCCGGCUCAAGGCUUUUACAGCCAUUAUGAGACAGGAUCUAGGAUGGUUUGAUGACCACAAAAACAGUGUUGGCGCUCUGACCACCAGGCUUGCCACGGAUGCUGCCCAGGUCCAGGGGGCAACUGGACCUCGUCUGGCCACAUUUGCUCAGAACAUUGCAAACCUGGGCACCAGCGUGGUUAUCUCAUUUGUCUACUGUUGGGAGUUGACUUUGCUGAUUCUCGCUGUGGUCCCCGUCAUGGCGCUGGCCGGAGCCGCAGAGAUGAAGCUGCUCAGUGGACAAGCCUCUCAGGACAAGAAGGAGCUGGAGAAGGCUGGAAAGAUUGCCACAGAAGCCAUUGAAAAUAUUCGAACUGUUGUGUCUCUCACUCGGGAAUCCAAAUUUGAGAAUAUGUAUGAGAAAAACCUGGAAGUGCCGUAUAUAAACUCUCAGAAAAAAGCACACGUGUACGGCCUCACGUACUCCCUCUCUCAGGCCAUGAUCUACUUCAGCUACGCGGGCUGCUUCCGCUUCGGGGCCUUCCUGGUGGAGGAGGGACGCGUGGACGUGGAAGGACUGUUCCUUGUGAUUUCUGCUCUCUUGUACGGGGCCAUGGCUGUGGGAGAGGCCAAUGCUUUUGCUCCAAACUACGCCCGCGCCAAAGUGUCUGCUGCCCACCUCAUGAUGCUGAUCAGGAGAGAACCUGCCAUCGACAACCUCUCAAAGGAGGGAGACACGCCGCCUGAGUUCGAGGGCAGGGUCCGCUUUGACGGUGUCAGGUUUACCUACCCGACCCGGCCAGACCAGCCCAUCCUGCGGGGGCUGGAUCUGCAGGUGGGCAAAGGAGAGACGCUGGCCCUUGUCGGCAGCAGUGGAUGUGGCAAAAGUACUACGGUGCAGCUACUCGAGAGAUUCUACGACACCGCAGAAGGGAGCGUGAUGCUGGAUGAGAGAAACGUGAAGCAGCUGAACAUCCACUGGCUGCGUUCUCAGAUCGGCAUCGUUUCGCAAGAGCCGGUGCUAUUUGACUGUUCUCUGGCAGAAAACAUCGCCUACGGAGACAACAGCCGCUCCGUCACCAUGGAGGAGAUCACAGCUGCUGCCAGAAUGGCUAACAUCCACGAUUUCAUCGAAAACCUGCCCAAGAAGUACAACACUCAGGCUGGGGAUAAGGGAGCUCAGUUGUCUGGGGGUCAGAAGCAGCGGAUUGCCAUCGCCAGAGCAAUCAUCCGUAACCCCAAAAUGCUGCUGCUGGAUGAAGCCACGUCUGCCCUGGACACUGAGAGUGAGAAAGUUGUACAAGACGCAUUGGACCAGGCCAGCAAAGGCAGGACCUGUAUAGUUGUGGCUCACCGUCUUUCCACAAUCCAAAACGCGGACCGCAUCGCUGUAUUCAAGGCCGGCGUGAUCGUGGAGCAGGGGACGCACCAGCAGCUCCUGUCAAAGCGGGGCAUCUACCACACACUGGUCACCAAGCAACUCAACCGCUCCUGA